GUAUAAUAAGGUGUAGAUAUUUGUGUAUUAAGUUUGCGUCGUGUUAAACAACCAGAAAACAAGAUACGGGUUGUAGUCCAGUUAAACUUUACAGUUGAGCUGGGUUCGAAUAUUAAAACGGACUUUUUCUUCUAGCUUUUCAUUUAUUUAUACAAGAAGUAAACUACAAUUUAAAUCAAAACUUCUGGUAGUGUGUAUAUUCCAUGGAUUAACUGGCGCGAUUAUCAAUACUGACAUGUAGUUAAACUAUUUGUUUAUAUACUGGAAAAUAAGAUAUAGUAACAUACAUACGGACGUUUGAGAUGUCGUUCAGUCAGCCAGGAUAUAGACUGUCUCCAUCGUCGCCAGCCGUCACUAAGAUGUCAUCUUCCGGUUCUGUCACAUCAUCACGUGCAUGCUGCGAAAACGGACGUCCAAUCAUAACGGACCCGCACACGGGCCAGACGAUCUGCUCCUGCCAGUACGGCACAGCCUUGCUUAACUACUCAAGGGUUCAGGGACUCCCAGAGGGCGUUUAUGGGGCUUCGGCUGCUGCGUAUGCAGCUGGGGCCACACAGGGUUACGUGCCCCUUGGAACUGAGGGGUCGGCGUUUUAUUCACCAUUGGCAAACCCGGCGGCUUUUGAUAUGAAGGAAGGGUCUGAAGCAUGGAGGGCCCUUGCAGCUCAAGGCGGUUGCUUCCCCUAUGAUCCAAGUAUGGGUCUGUACCCAUAUGGAACUGGAUAUGGUGGACUUGAUUUGAACGCCAGACGUAAAAAUGCAACGCGGGAAACAACCAACACAUUAAAAGCUUGGUUGUAUGAGCACCGAAAAAACCCAUACCCGACAAAGGGAGAAAAAAUCAUGCUGGCAAUUAUAACAAAAAUGACACUGACUCAAGUUUCUACAUGGUUCGCGAAUGCUCGCAGACGUUUAAAGAAAGAAAACAAAAUGACAUGGUCGCCACGUAACAGGUCAGAAGAUGACGUCAGUGGUGACGAAGACAUGGACAGUAAAACCAACGGAAAUGAUUCUGAUACGUCACAUGCAAACACCUCGGCAGACGACAAUCAUGGAAGUUCCCGAUCUGUAUCAGACAGGGAGGUAUUUGACAGGAUAAUAAGUGUUGAUGAUGACGAUGAUGAUUCUGUUCAGAGUGAUGUCGGUGACAUUAGUGAGAUAUCUCCACGUCGUGAUAAUAACUUAAAUGACAAAACUGAAAACAGAGACAAUGUUGCAUUAAGACUACAAGAUCCAAAAGGUGAUGCUGAUACUGAAAAAGAAACGGGUUCAAAAGAUACAGACGCGGCAGAUGCCAGUGAGGACAAAAAUUUAAAACGUGCAAAUGACACAAAUGGUGAAUCCUCUCAUACACCACGACCGAAAAUAUGGUCAGUGAUGGAUGUGUUAGGUAACAAAGAGAACGCCAGUUCCAAAGAUUCCCAAAACUCUCCCCAGUCCUCCCCGCCGGCAGUAGUGUGUUCAAGACAAACAAAUGGGCCUGCUUUUCUCAAUGCACAUCCGACAAACCAAACGUUUCGUGGUGGGCAAUUCCCUGUUGGAUUCAGUGGAUAUCCAUUCUCCUUUAGUCACACAACGUUAUCUUAUCCAUAUACUCUUUCUGCCUCAACGGCAGCGAAGGCAGAACUAAAUAUGAAACAUGUUGCCGCAAUAAGGGCAUCAGAGCAAGCCUUUAAAGAAGGGCUUGUAGAGAAAGCUGCCAGAAUCCAAACCGGAAUAUUUUCACCGGCACGUGAACUCGAUGGAAUGAGAGUCAGUGGGAAAGUGAUGUUAUAAUGACCAUAUUUGCUAUUCCCACAGAUGUUACAUUAUAGUUCUUGAAGUAGCAUUGAUGUGUUAUUUAGGUUCAUCAGUAAUUCCUAAAAUGUUUUCAAGAACAUGUUUUCUCAAAACCUUAAUAGGCAAUUGCUAUUAACAAGCAUAUUGAAAAUACCUACAACAGUCGUAAAGUAACAUGCCUCAAGAUGUCAUUUUAGGAUGUGUUUCUAUGUAGAAAGUAUUGUUAAAAAGAAAAAUGGAAACAAAGUAAAAUGUUUCUCCUUAAAAUAGCCUUUCAUGGUCUGUACAAUUUAAAGUAAAACUGUUUAUCAGUGUAAUUGGAUACAGUCAUUUGAGAAUAUGUAGAUUUACACUACAACAUGCAAGAAAAAUUUCAUUUAAGGUUUCUUAUAAUCCAAAGACGUCUCCAUCUGUUAAGUAAUAUUUUAGCGCACAUCGUAAGGCAUGCUUCUGUAAGACAAACCAUUAUUCUAGUCCUCUGAGCGUUGAAUGUGUAUAGUUUAAUUGAUAUUGUGAAAUAUAUUAAAAUGAAAAAAUUGCUAGUUUAUUACAUUGUGCUAUUUUUAUGUGCUACAGUUUACAUUGAAUAUUUAAGUCAAGGUAGAAAGAAAUAUAUGUUUGAACAACAAGCCUUCAAUACUUCGAAGCAAACAGUUUUCUUUAAUAUAUUUCACCAAGCGUUAUAAAAUUUUGUCACUUUUUAUUCUUUCAUAUUAACUUAUGAGCCACGCCAUAAGAAAACCAACAUAUUGCGUUUGCGACCAGCAUGGAUCCAGACCAGCCUGCGCAUCCACGCAGUCUGGUCAGGAUCCAUGCUGUUCGCUUUCAAAGCCUAUUGCAUUUAGAGAAACUGUUAGCGAACAGCAUGGAUCCUGACCAGACUGCGCGGAUGCAUCAUCCGCAGCCUGGUCAGGAUCCAUGCUGGUCGCAAAGCCACUAUGUUGGUUUUCUCAUGGCUAGGCUCAUAUGUAUUUAAAAGGAAGACAAUUGUUUAACAGAAAAAGAAAACACACGAUCGAUUCUGAAUGUUUUUUUUUUUAAAUUUAAGAUCAGAAGUACAAAAGACAACUAUCUAAUCUAUUUAAAUCUGCGUACACUCCCUUAGUGCUAUAUGUUUCAUUAUUUUAUGAGGCAACUGAUAACUUUAGUAUACUUCAUUGUUGGUGGAAAGUGCUGUCUGUAAUAAAUUACAUGAGCAGAUAGAACAUUGACGCUUUCCACACUUGGUUUGAUGUUGUUUUUUUUUAUGCAUAAUAAUAUUUAAAUAUAUAUUGACUGUUUGCUAAAUGAGUUCAAUAAAUUAAAGUUAAAUAUGA